AUGACUGUCACCAACAUUGAGAUCUUGCAGUCAGUUGAUCGUCACCCGAAGAGAAAGCAGCCCAGCCACAAAUCUGCAGGAGGCAAAGUGAUUGGCUCCGAUGAUGGCCCUGUCAAGGUCUACAUCAAAUUGCACAACAAAAGUCCGCGGAUUCUCUGUGCAACACCACAGCUAAUGAACAUGGAACUCAUGGAUCCCACUUUCACUUGGAAAGGACCGAAGGGAAUAGACCUUUCAAAUAAACCCAACGUAAAGAUAACACUGACGGGUACCCUGAUCAUUAAUAACUUCAGCAAGGAAUUGUCAGGGGUCUACAUAUGCACCAUUCUCUUUUACAAUCCGAGCACUAAAGCCUUGCAGUCUUUGAGUUUGAAGUAUUUUCUGUAUGCGUACCUUGACCCCAACUACACCUAUGAAUUUCAGAUCCAAUACCAUGCUGCUGACUGUCACAAUUCGUACAACAGUCUCUUCCUAAAGAGGUUGCACACAGCUUUGAACCAGCUAGUCUCAGAUCUGGCCUACACGAUCAGUAUACAUAAAUCAGAAUGCCACACGCUGAAGGUGCCCUUGGCGGGCAUACAGUACGAGCUGUUCCUCACGCUCAAAGUGCACCUGGAUGUGGAAGUGCUGGACAUCAUCUGCGAGAGAGACUUGGAAGAGUGCGAUCACAACCUGCGGUUGGAGAAGGUGAGGCACCGGAUAGAAGCCUUCUUUGGCAAGCAGGCGGACACAUACCGGGAGAUCAGCGGCCUGCUGCCUUCCGUCUACUACAUUGACGGCACGUUGCAAGUGAUCCAGGUCGACCGUUGCAAGCCCGGCUACGGCAAGGACCGCAAGAAGCACCCGCAAUGUGGGGAAUGCUGUGUGGUGUGUAGCCCGGGGACAUACAGCAGCGGCCACCAGGUGACUUGCUUGCUCUGUGCCGACGCUAUCCAUUUCGGAGAAUCAGACUGUGAAACUGAGUGA